ACCUCCAUCCUGCACCACCAUUUCAUCCUUCAAUUCCUGCAUAUCCUUCCGCUCUUUUAUUUCUUACAUGUUAAAGCUAUGAACGGACAUCGACAUUCGACGUCUGUAUCUCAGAAUCACAAGGCCCAGCUCGCAAACGCCUACAAUGAGCUUGGUAAGGAACUCUCGUCGCCAAAGAUUAGAGUGGUCGGUAAUUACACGUUGGGCAAGGUUAUUGGAGAGGGGACGUACGGGAAAGUACGCCUCGGAGUGCAUCGUUUAACGGGCACUCGCGUUGCAAUCAAGCAAAUCCCGAAAGCCAUGACUUCUUCUCUCACUCGCGAAAUUCAUCAUCAUCGUCAGCUGCACCAUCCACACAUCACACAGCUGUAUGAAGUUAUCGCGACUGAGUCUUAUAUAUGGCUCGUCACUGAGCUGUGUUCGGGUGGGGAGCUGUUUGACUACCUCGUGGAGAAGGCGCGGCUCGACGAGAGCGAGACGCGCAUUAUCUUCGGACAACUUUGCCUCGCUGUUGCCUAUGUGCACUCCAAAGGCAUUGUGCAUCGCGAUCUCAAGCUCGAGAAUGUGCUGCUUGACGAGCACUGCCGUGUCAAGCUCGGCGACUUCGGCUUUACUCGAGAGUUUGAGCGUGGUAUGUUACUGGAAACAUUCUGUGGUACGACCGGGUACGCGUCUCCCGAAAUGCUGCUCGCGAAGAAGUAUCUGGGCCCAGAGGUCGACGUCUGGUCUCUCGGGGUCAUUCUCUAUACGCUUCUGACCGGUAUGCUCCCCUUUGACGACGAUGAUGAGGAUAUCAUGAAGCAGAAGGUCAUUGAGGGCGAGUUCGAGGACCCUGAGUGGCUCUCGGAAGAGGUUCGGGACCUCCUCAAGUCUAUUCUCCAGACUGAUCCAGAGAAACGACCAACGAUUGCACAAAUCCUUGCGCACCCUUGGUUCACUACAGCGCCUGCCUUUGCUCCUCGCCCCAUAGCCUCCCAGAGCAGUCUCUCCUUAACGUCACAGCCCGAAUCGCCGUCGCCCCUGCAGGUCACAGUAGUUGAUGAGCCUCAAUCAUCGAUUUCGGGCGCCUCCGACACCACGUACCAUUCUACCGUCUCCCACUUUCCGGCGUCUGCGCCGAUGACCCCUCAGAUCGAAUCCUCGCAGUCAUCAGAGAUUCCGCAGCGCACGGAGCAGACUCCGGUGCGGCCCGCAUUCCCCCGCCAGGGCUCGGGCACCAAAGCCGCUCCAGCGUAUCCGACGCGCACUCCCGUGCGCACGAAGCGACGGUCGGUGUCUUCGGCGCUCUCGGAGAACGGGCCGACGUUCGACAAGGCUGCGGGAUCGUCGGCGCCGCCCGACUUUGCGUCGCUGCUCAACACACCGGCGCCGCUGAUCUUUUCCACUUCGCUCGAACGCGACCUGUUAAACGCGAUGGCUGCGCUCGGCCUGGACACAGGCCAGAUCGUGCACUCGGUGCUUAGCGAUGCGUGCGACGCGACAGGCGCGCUGUGGUGGUUGCUGAAGCGCAAGACGGAGAAGAGGAUAUUGGAGGAGGACACGAAGAAGAGCGAGGACGAGGAGACGGAGGUAUCGGUAAGGAAGCAGCUAGCAGAAUACAGGAAGAGGGAGGAGAAGAAGAGAGAUCACAGGCCAACACCCAUCGAGCACUUGUCUCCCCACGUUACCGAUCACGGACUGCCUCCAAUAGCGCAGGCGCAUUCUGCUCCUGAACUGCAUCUUGUUCCCGCCACGCCGGUUGGAGCGAGCAUGGUACGUUCUGCCACCCCACCGCGAGCUAAGUCACCCAAUAGCGCGCUAUUGUCGCCGUCAUCGUCUGCAGCAGAGAUAUCGCUCCGGUCGCAUCCGUCUACUCCAGGUGGAAGCCUCAAGGACAAGGACAAGGACAGUGGGUCGAAGGGGCGCAAGGGCCGAUCGGGGAGUGUGAGCAUCAUGCAGAGGGCGACGACCGCGUUGGAAGCUGCUGGGCUGGUGAGGAAGAAGUCUGCUGAGGUAGUGAAGGCAGAAAAGGACAAAGAAAGGGAGAAGGAUGCAAAUUCUGAUAGACGCGUGGGCAGUGGGACGGGAGAUGAGUCGCGAACGUCUCACGGCAGUGGAUCGAGUAAGGUCGUCAAGAGUCCGCCAUUGAAGGCAAAGGAUUUGGGAUUGCCGAUUACACCGCCAUCAUCCAGCGCUGAUUUGUCGCAAACCGGCUCUCCUUGGGUCAUCGCGGGCGCGAAACCCUCUCCCCCUCCACCAAGCACCGACUCGCCUCGGGAUACCCUCUCCGCGCUUCCCGAUAUUUCGCGAAACAAGAGCUUUAAUGGGAGUCGUAAUCGGGCAAGCCUGCUCUCUGCGUUCCGGAUGUGGUUCAAGGAGGAUCCGAAGGGAAAGCGUAAGGAAGAUCCGUCCCUCACGCCACAAGCGUAUACGCAACUACCCAGCACACCAAGCCCAAGCCCGGUAAAUGGACGCGGACGGGGCACAAUGAAGCGACGUGUUAGCGCGAACCAUGGGCGGUAUACACCUGCUCGCCAGACUGGAACUCGCUCAAAGCGCGCGUCGAUAUCCUCUCGCCGCUCGAGUAGCGUCAACUCACACAGAUCCUCCGUUCAGUCUGCACAGGUCCAAAUGUACGAGUCACCCACAGGGUACGGUCCCGAAUCCAGUACAUCUGUGUCUCGCAGGCGGAGUGACGCGAGCCGACGCUCAUUCGGAAGUCACACCCCAAACUCGGAGCGUGAGGACUUUGUCUCGCGCCCGUCAUCGAUACAUAGCUUCACGAAUCAAGUCCACCGUAAGAGCCCGUCAGCCAGUUCUGCAGGUUCUAUGCAUCCUGCACGGACAGCUUCGCCACUGCCCAGAUAUCACAACCGCGGCGGCUCGGCAUCGUCGACGAGGGUUGUGCGGCAAUUCCCACCGCCACCGCAUCUCGCACAUCUGAGGUCGAACUCGACAUCGUCUGCUCAGUCCCGAGGGUCCUCGCGUCCAGGGUCGCUGUAUGAGUUCUCGGAGAGCGACAGUCGCAGGAACAGCUCUCCGCAUAAACCUUACCCUCGCCGACCGGUAGAGGAGAUGACGCCCCGUCGGAGCACGUUCGUAGCCCACAAGCGUCAGACUCCCUUCUCGAAUCCAAACGGCAGUAACAGCUACUUGAAUUCCUUCGGGCGAUCCAGCUGGAAGAAAUCGUGGGGUUUGGAGCCGCCUGGCUGGCAGAAUCGCUCGGCAUAUUCUGCAAUUGAGGUCUUGGCGAUAUCUCCGCCAGCGGACAGUCAGCAGGGCAUCAGGGAUGUUUUCUCUGGGCGGCAGUCACUGAACAUGGGCGACGAGUCGGACUGGGUUGACGAAGACGACGACUCGCCGGCAUAUGCAGGCGGUCUCGGUCAGACACCCAUAGCUACAGCUCAUAGUGGCUCCAGCUUCUCUCAUUCAAUGGACGUCCCUGCUCUCUCUCCAGUUCCGAAGGGAUUAAUCAAUUGGACUGGCGGGGGAAAGAGAGCCGUUGGGUCGUCAACCCCCGCACAGGUCAGUGUGCUAGGAAGAGGAGCAAGAAGUAAGGCAGGCCGGUCCCCUGUCGAUCGUAGUUCUCCCCUUCCUAGCGAGAACACCUUUGAAAACACAGAUCCGCGCUGUGGAAGGAGACAGCUCCCGACUGGUCGGUCUGGGCCUGCCUUCCGCGGUCAUGCCAUUCAAGAAGAGGAUGAGGGCGAGGAAGAGGAGACCUAAAACUCUAGUUGCUGCUAAACUUUGCUUUCUCACGGACCCUCUCUUGCAUUCGGUAUUAAAAUGCUAUUCGUACCUUAGCUCACCUCCACUGGUUGUAUUUUUAUGGAUCUUCGCAUAGAUUCGGACUAUUCGCAUUCUGCGUCGGGCGCUUUCCUCUCGUUCUCCGCUUUC